UGCUUACAACUUCUCAGCAAAAAAAAAUCCUUUUUUGUCCUCUUAUUUUUUUGAUUUAUUGAACUCUGGGGUCCAUUAGGGCACAGCUUGAGUGUGGAAUGGCUGAACUGGUGCGAAUCCGUAAGAAACGGCUGCAGAUCCCCAUCUCUAGGCUGAGGAGCAUGCUGAAGCAGCUGGAGGAGAAAGAUGUCGACUUUGAAGAAAUCAAAAAGAAUCUGGAUUUCACAGCGUCGUUACUGGAGGCGGUUUACCUCGAUGGAACAAGGCAGUGUCUGGAGUCAGAGGACGACCUUCAGCAGCUGCAGUCAGACGGCGUGCCUUCAGAGGUCACCGAUUGGCUGGCGUCCACCUUCACCCAGAGGGUUCGGCGGCCUGUACGACGCUCGGAUGAGAAGCCAAAGUUCCGCAGCAUUGUGCAUGCAGUGCAGGCUGGGAUAUUUGUGGAGAGGAUGUUCAAGAGGGCCUACACCGCAGCCAUGCCAGACCAACCUGCGGCGGCCGUAAACUGCCUCAGGGAUGUUGACCGCUGGAGCUUUGAUGUCUUUGCUCUAAACUCAGCCAGCUCUGAUCACGCUCUGCGAACUCUGUUCUUUGAGCUGAUCACCAGAUAUGGCCUCAACAGCCGUUUUAAGAUCCCCAUCUCGUGCCUGACAGAGUUCCUGUCUGCACUGGAGAGAGGAUACUGCAAACACAAAAACCCCUACCACAGCCACAUUCAUGCUGCUGAUGUGACUCAGACGCUGCACUGCCUGCUGCUGCGCUCUGGACUUGUGCACUGGCUGACAGAGCUUGAGGUGAUGGCGUCACUAUUUGCUGCAGCUAUCCAUGACUAUGAACACACGGGAACCACAAACAACUUUCACAUCCACACCAAGUCAGACUUUGCAUUGAUCUACAAUGAUCGGUCGGUACAAGAAAGCCAUCACCUGAGUGCAGCGUUUCGCCUGCUGCAGGACGACCAAAUGAACAUCUUCACUAAUUUGACAAGAGAAGAAUGGAUGGAGCUGCGAUCGCUCGUUAUUGAGAUGGUGCUGUCCACUGACAUGUCCUCCCACCUGCUCCAAGUCAAAGGGAUGAAAUCAUGUCUACAACAACACGAACGGAUCGACAAGCCCAAAGCACUUUCUCUGUUACUCCACACGGCUGACAUAAGCCAUCCAUCCAAGCCCUGGGCGCUGCACUCUCGCUGGACCAAAGCCCUGAUGGAGGAGUUCUUCAGGCAGGGUGAUAGAGAGGCAGAGCUCGGCCUUCCCUUCUCUCCUCUAUGCGAUCGAAAAAGCACCCUAGUAGCCGAGUCUCAGAUUGGCUUCAUAGACUUCAUUGUGUAUCCUACAUUCUCUCUACUGACGGACAUGGCUGAAAAGAUUGUUAUUCCUUUGGUAGAGGAGAACCCAGGUCCACCAGACCCCUGCAACAGACACAGUAAUCUUUGGAAGGAGAGCUCCAGAGGUCUGCAGUGGAGUCUCGCUCACAUCACAGCUGAGCUGGUGAGCUUCCGCUCCACUUGGACACGACACACCGAAGACAACAAGCUCAAAUGGAAGGAAAGUGGCUCCAAUGGAUUUUCAGACCCGAGUGUGACAAAAGGCCAGAGAUCCAGACAAGAGGAGCUGUCAGAAAAACCCAUGCAACACCCCACUACAGAUUCAAAAGAGUAGACAGGACUUUGUUUAUGACAUGUGCUUUUUCAUUGAAUAUCUACCAAGGUUAACUAAGGUUAAUGCUGAGUCAUUUGUUUGUAAGAAAACCACAAUAUCAUGGUUGAGGGAGCUGGAGGAGGGAGGGGUGGUUUAAGGUUAACAUCAUCUUCCCAAGGUAAAGGCCCUGUCACACAUAUCCGUAUGACAGAAACGUAUGCCGGUGCAUACGAAAAUUUGUCAGAGUUCAAAUACAUCCAACUUUUCAUCGGAUCGGAAAAGUGAACAUAUAUAG